AUGAUGUUUCUCAAUCCAAAAUCCGGCAUACUUGCCACAUUUGCUGUUCUAUCACUUCAAGCUCAUGGCCUUGCAAUUGACGGAAUAAACCGACGGGAAGAUGCGAAUCAUUGGAUCAACACGUGGACUAGCAUGCCACAGUUGGUAGAACCUAAUAACAUGCCACCGUCACCCUACAGCUCAGGUAGUGUGUUGAAGGAUGCGACACUUCGUCAAACACUGCACAUGUCUGUCGGCGCUCCCAAGAUCAAAAUAACUAUAUCGAAUACUUUUGGUGGAUCCGAUUUGCCCAUUACUGCAGGGUCUGUAGGUCUACCAGUUGGUGGUGCCGCAGGUGUGAGUGGCAUCCAGCCAUCACCAUUGGCCGCCAUUACGGUUGGAGGAAAGACUUCUUUCACAGUAUCCCGUGGGCAAGUUGUAACCAGUGAUGAGAUCGAUUUCGAAGUCCAGGCCCAAAGUAUGCUCACUGUCAGUCUUUACAGCCAGCAAGGCCAAAGCGGGAGUAGUAUAACUGGACAUCCAGGAAGCAGGACAACCAGUUGGCUUGCUAGUGGUAACAAAGCCAAUGCGACAACGCUGUCGGGUAGCACUUCUAGUGUUCAUUGGUACUUUGUUAGCGCUGUGCAAGCCUAUGUCCCCCCUGAUUCGCACUCUCUCAUCAUUCUCGGUGAUAGUAUAACCGAUGGAAGAGGUUCUGACGACAACAAGAAUAACAGAUGGCCUGAUCUACUCCUCAAGCGACUACAAACCUCCAAUUACAGCAAUGUAGCCGUAUGCAAUCAAGCUGCAGGAGGAAAUACCGUUCUGAGCGGAGGUCUUGGCCCCACACUUCUUACCCGCUAUAAGCGGGAGGAAUCGAACAGCCCGACUUCCGUCGGCGACCAACUGAUCAAAGCCUUCACGCAGAUCGUUGCGGACGCGAAGAAGGCUGGCCUCAUAACCAUUGGAGGCACUAUCACUCCAUUUGGAGGCAAUAGCUACCAGGGCACUGAGCGAGAGAGGACGAGGAAAAGAGUAAACAAGUGGAUCUUGGAAAGCAAAACUUUUGACUAUACGGUGGAUCUUGCCGGAAUAAUCGCGAAUAAAAACAAUAUCGAACAAUUGGAUCCAAAGUACAAUGGAGGCGAUGGCCUUCACCCUAAUGUGGCUGGAUAUCAAGCGCUUGUAGAUGCUUUCCCUAUAGAUAUUUUCAAGAGCUAG